AAAAUAGGGAAAACUCCUUCAGCCGUUCCCGAAGCUCCAGCGUUUCCAGUAUUGACAGGGACUCAAAGGAGGCAAUUACAGCUUUGUACUUCAUGGAGUCCUUUGCCCGAAAGAAUGACUCCGCUGUCUCCUCCUGUCUCUGGGUUGGAACGGGCCUCGGUAUGGUCUUAAUCCUCUCCCUUAAUCUGCCUGCUAGUGAUGACUUACGACAGUCAGAGCCAGUCAUGGUGUCACCCAGUGGCACAGUUCUGACACUGAAAGGAGCCGUGCUGACCUUUGCAUGCUUGGACUGCAUGGGGACAUUGACACAUCCACCGUAUGAAGUAUGGAGGGACCCACACAGUGCUGAUGACGGUGAAAAAACAAGAAAAAGGAAACUUGUCAUGCAUUCCCCUUCCUCCUCCCAGGAUAUGGGUGAUCAUCAAUUUGCAGUCAUUUGUUCAGAAAAACAAGCCAAAGUCUUCUCAUUGCCUUCCCAAACAUGUCUUUAUGUCCACAACAUCACCGAAACGUCCUUUUUAUUGCGAGCAGAUGUGGUCACCCUCUGUAACAGCGUCUGUCUGGCGUGCUUUUGUGCCAAUGGGCACAUCAUGACACUGAGCUUGCCCAGCCUUCGCCCGCUGCUGGAUGUCAACUAUUUGCCAGUGACAGACAUGAGGAUAGCGCGGACCUUUUGUUUCACUAACGAAGGGCAAGCUUUGUACCUCAGCUCUCCCACAGAGAUCCAGCGCCUGACAUACAGCCAGGAGAUGUGCGACAAUCUGCAGGACAUGCUUGGGGAUUUGUUUACUCCUGUGGAAACACCAGAAGCCCAAAACAGAGGCUUUCUCAAAGGACUUUUUGGAGGAAGUGGACAAGCUUUUGACAGAGAGGAGCUUUUUGGUGAGGCCACAGCAGGAAAAGCCUCCCGCAGUCUUGCCCAGCACAUCCCUGGAUCCGGUGGAAUUGAAGGCGUGAGAGGAGCCGCGGGAGGAGUCAUUGGGGAUUUGACUCGUGCGCGCAUUGCCCUGGAUGAGAGAGGCCAGAAACUGGGAGAGCUGGAUGAAAGGACUGCGAGCAUGAUGGCCAGUGCGGAAGCAUUUUCCAAACAUGCACAUGAGGUGAUGCUGAAAUACAAGGACAAAAAGUGGUACCAGUUUUAGACUUUCAAAGCAGCAGCUUGCAGUGGAGAACACUGUUCAGGGAAGCAACGUUCAUUCCCAAAUCUACCAGUCACUGGCCAGAGACAGUCUUCUCUCCUAGAAGAUGUUUUCCUGUUACGAUUAUUGGAUUCAUCACUGUGGGAGUCAAGGAGAAAUUUAAGAGACCGUGGGACGGAAGCUAGAAUCAUGUGGGUCUUACUCCAACAGCUGGCUCAUGCAGUAGCCGAUUUUUUCCAAAAGGAACUCAACCAUCACUGUGGCAUGUAGUUUUUCAGAAGCUGUAGGUAUGAACUGUGGGGAGUGCGUCGGAUUAAAAAUAUUCUGUACAAACUCGAAUGUUAAUGCACUUAUGAAACUUUGCAUGACUAGUUGACAUCU